AUGGGGAAUUGUUGUGCUCGAGAAACAAAAGAUUCUACCAUCAAAGAUGUUGCAGCUACACCACCUUCUCCUGUGUACCAUUCUUUAAAAAAUUUGGGUGCUUGCCCACCUGCUGGCAAGAUUAUUCCCGGAGAAGCUAUAGAGAGUAAUCCAUCUGUUCUUUCCAACGGGUGUCAAGGGAAGCCCAGAAAAUACUUGGGACUCGGCUGCCCAGCCAUCCCUGAGGAUGGACCACUUCGAAAUGCGAUCAGGGCCAUAGAAGCUCUAAAUAAGCUCAACAACUUCCCCUAUAGUGUAUUGAAGGCCGCGACCCACAGGUUCGACGAUAAGAACCUGCUAGGAGAGGGUGGCUUUGGACAAGUCUUCAGAGGCUGGAUCGACGGCCACACCAUGACUGCAGCCAAACCCGGUAAAGGAUAUCCGGUUGCCAUUAAGAAGCUCAGGAAGGAAGGAAUCCAAGGAGACAAUGAAUGGCUGACGGAAUUGACAUUCUUGAGCCGAUUCAACCAUCCCAACGUAGUAAAACUGAUAGGAUAUUGUUCCGAAGGCAACGAGCGGAUUCUCGUGUAUGAAUACAUGACAAGAGGGAACUUGGAGAGCCACUUGAUAAGAGAAAAAGGAGUGGUGCUAAAUUGGAAUAAGAGGGUAAAAAUAGCUGUUGGGGCUGCCAAGGGCUUAGCAUAUCUUCACAACGCUGUAAAACCAGUCAUCCAUCGCGACCUUAAAGCCUCAAAUAUUCUUCUCGACUCAGACUUCAAUGCAAAGCUUGCGGACUUUGGACUAGCGAAGUUUGGCCCACAAGGCAGCAUAACUCACGUAUCCACUCGGGUCCUUGGCACGCGUGGCUAUUUUGCCCCUGAGUACGUCGCCACAGGACAUCUGACGUUAAAGACUGACGUGUACAGCUUCGGGGUAGUCCUUCUGGAGAUCAUGUCUGGUAGCCCAGCCAUCAAGAGGCACUCGGAUGGGCUGGUUUGUGAUCUAGCAUUGUGGGCCAAACCGUACCUUAGCGAUAAUGGAGAAUUGCAGUGCGUCAUCGACCGCAAACUACGAGGGAAGUUCCCCAUGGAAGAAGCUUAUGAGUACGCCAGCAUUGUUCUACGCUGCCUCGACGGAAAUCCCAAAAGACGGCCCACUAUGACUGAUGUCGCCACAGCCCUGGAGCAACUAGACUUGAAGAUGAACUCGGAAGUAAGUCCUGAUGGGAAUGUUCGAAACCAAUGUAACUUUGGCAUUAUCUAUGAAAUCUAA